AUGGAGGAUACACUUACAGCCCCUUCAAUGAAGUCUUCUGCCAGCCGGCCUCGACUCAACAAGUAUGCACUGGCUUGUGCAAUUUUGGCUUCCACCAAUUCAAUUCUCUUAGGUUAUGAUAUUGGGGUGAUGAGUGGAGCUGUGCUGUACAUUAAAGACGUUUUCAAGAUCUCGUCGGUUCAGGAGGAGGUUUUGGUGGGUGCACUGAAUGUGUUCUCGCUAAUCGGAUCAUUGGCGGCCGGCAAAACAUCCGAUUUGAUUGGGCGGCGAUACACCAUAAUCUUGGCGGCGGCGACAUUCUUCAUCGGUGCACUGUUAAUGGGGCUUGCACCGUCAUUCCCAUUCCUAAUGGCAGGACGGGUUGUUGCCGGUAUUGGCGUUGGAUACGCACUCAUGGUUGCUCCGGUUUACACAGCCGAGCUAUCACCGGCGAUGACACGGGGUUUUCUCACAUCUUUCCCUGAAGUAUUCAUCACUUUUGGUAUUCUUUUAGGUUAUAUCUUCAAUUAUGCACUGUCAAGUCUUCCACCUCACAUCAACUGGCGGCUAAUGCUUGGAAUUGCGGCGGUUCCAGCCGUCUCCAUUGCCCUCGGAGUGUUAACAAUGCCGGAAUCUCCCCGGUGGCUUGUAAUGAAAGGCAAAUUGGACGAAGCCAGAAGGGUGUUAAGAAAAACCUCUCAGAACGAAGAAGAAGCCGAUUUACGACUCCAAGAAAUAACAAAAGCCUCAUCAGUUGUUACUACGAGCCCAAAUUCAAGCCCGGGAUCAAGCAAUGCAAAUUUGGAUGGACGAGGAGUUUGGAAAGAACUUCUAAUGCCUUCUAAACCCCUUCGAAGGAUUCUACUCGCUGCAAUCGGGAUCAACUUCUUCAUGCAAGCAUCCGGGAACGAUGCGGUGGUGUACUACACCCCGGAGGUCUUCAGGGCUGCCGGAAUCCGCAACCGGAAAGGCCUAGUAGGUGUGACAGUGAUCAUGGGAAUAGCAAAAACAUCUUUUGUUUUUGUGUCAGCACUUUUCUUGGACCAAUUCGGAAGAAGGCCUUUAUUGUUAUUGGGUUCAAUAGGAAUGACCAUUUCUCUUGCUGGGCUUGGACUGGGCUCAAAGUUUCUUGAGCACGCAACCCACAAACCCAUAUGGGCCAUUGCACUGUGUGUAAUAGCAGUGUGUGCUGACGUGUCCUUCUUUUCAAUUGGGCUUGGGCCUAUUACAUGGGUGUACUCAUCAGAGAUUUUUCCAACAAGACUAAGGGCCCAAGGCACAAGCUUGGCAGUAUCAGUGAACAGAUUGGUUAGUGGGGUAGUGUCAAUGACAUUUCUUAGUAUGUCAAGAAAGAUUAGUUUUGGGGGUAUGUUUUUUGUACUUGCUGGAAUUAUGGUUUUGGCCACAAUUUUCUUUUAUCUUUUCUUGCCUGAAACUAAAGGCAAGAGCUUAGAGGAGAUAGGGGCAUUAUUUGAGGAUAAAGAUGAUCAAAAUAAUUCUAGGAUUAGAGAAAUGAGCGAUAGAUAG